AUAUUUCCUCUCUUUUCCUCCUUUAUUUCUAUCUCUGUCUUUAUUCAUAGACUUGUAUCUACAAUUUUGGAAGCAUGCUACGUACCGAAGCACCAUCCUAUCCAGGUUCUCCCCAACAAUUUAUAUAAUCUUGGUUUAAAGCCCCAAUUGCUUCCUCAUUGCAUUCUUUAUGCACUAUCCAAAACCCCUAUCUCCCCUCAGCGAACCUUGCUUCGGGCUCCCAAUAUCCUAUCCGUUAACUGGUGUAUAAAAGACAUAUUCUGAGCGAGUCGAACGGAUAUCAUGGGCGGACGGGCUUUUUCUUCUGGGGAUAACCCCCUGUACACACCGCGGAUGCCUCCAAAUGUGUAUCAGCAUGUGCUCAAGCAAUGUCAUGCCAAACUCCAAGAACUCUUUGCAGUCGUUGCAACCCCUAUUCCAGGUCCUGCCAAGCCGGACUACGGUGACGUCGACAUAUUCUUAGCAUGGGAACGAAAUUCCGUAUUUCCACGUCCCAUUGACAGCAAUUCAAAUAAGUCACCUUCUUCGAUGCAUAAUGCUCUUGUAUCUUCGGCACAACUUCUGAAUGCCGAGCGAUGGUACCAAGAACAGCCAGGAAUUAUGAUCACAGCCAUCCCUUGGCCCAAUGACUUCCCUCGGGAAGCCAUAAAGGAUGAGCAAGACUCUAACAAUUGCGCAACAACUCGAUAUAUACAGUUUAAACAUGCUCAUGGAGACUUGUGGAACGUCAUUGGAAGCACAAUCCGCCCAUAUGGCCUCACCGUCGACGAGGUUGGUUUAUAUAUACGCAUUCCUGAGAUCGAGAGCCUAGACAAGAAAAAAGCCAGAGUCCUCCUUUCCACAGACCCCGCUGAAAUUCUGACCUUUCUUGGCCUCAAGUAUGACGGCACUGAAUGGGAAGAACCAUUCGCCUCAGAUGAAGACUUAUUUAGGUACGCGACAACAUGCCGACUCUUCUGGGUGCGGCCUGAGCAACAUGAUAUACAUGCGUCCACCGAGAGUAGUGAGGUCGACAAGAGUAAACUUAAGGCCAAUGAUCGUCGCCGCAUGAGCUCCCGCUCGGUCUUCAGAAAAUGGGUUGAUGAAUUUCUACCUGCCUGCAGAAAUGCAGGAUUAUUCGCGGUACAGAAUGCCACUCGGGACUCGGUUCGCGCGGAAGCCUUCGAGUGUUUCCCUGGGACCCGACACAUAUAUGAAGCCCGGCUCAGGGAAUGGAACUUGGAGAGACAACGCCAGACGCUCUGGCGUAACGUGAUCAAAGCUUCAGCACCAAAAAUACCAGAGGGUAAAGAAGAGACAAUAAGCGAUAAAUGCUGGCACGGUCAGGUGGCAAGCGCAUUCAAGAAAAUCAUCAUGCAAGAUAAUUACAGCUUGGGUAUACGCCCUCUCACACCAUUGCGCGACGCAAGCGGGUUCUAUAAUGAAGAGAGAGUAAAACAAUUCGUCGUGGACAAUUGGGAGAAGGUCGGCGAUGCUAUUAGCAAGAAACAACAUCCAUGACACGUAUCCGAAAGGGUGCUCAAGCAUAAGGCCCCUAAUUACAAAGAUUUAGAAAAUACAGAGCAUUUCAACCAAGCUCCACUGAUGCAGUUGAGAAAUAUCAACGAAGACAACGUAAGGUUGUCAUGAG